CAGUCGCUGCGUUACUACUUAACGGACAAUCAGAAGUCGCACGCGCCACCGAUCGCUCGCGACUAAUUCGAUUUUAAAUUCCGUGAUAUAUUUUGUACAUUCAUAUUUUACACACACACGAAAACAUAAGUAAAUAAGAAAAAUAUAUACGUGUAGUAUGUUAAAAACAAAUGAACCAAACACUAGCUGUCAGUAAUCAAAAUGACGUUGCGGGUCGAAGUACCCGGAGAAAAGAUUGUGAGUUUAGAUUCAUGCAAAUGCAAAUCUUAUGAUAAGGAAAUAAAAAAAGCUGAGACAAAAUUUAGUGGGCGAUUAAAGGAAUUUAUCAAAAAAACAUGGGCUCUGAAAUCGAAAGUGACUGUGGAACCGUAUGUAAUAUGUUAUGUGUUACCGAGUGUUUUGGCGGGAUUGGCUGUUCAGAACUUGUGCUUAGAGAAAUCAUGUCUAGUGAAUUUAAAAUACGACGAAGAGACAUGCCUUCAUAUUAUGCAGGGACGUACGCACAAUUAUACAGAACAGGAGAAGAGUGUUCAAAAGAUGGUAGCGGGUAUGACAGCAUGGAGUUUUCCGUUACAAACGGCGUUGCCAGGAAUACUGACCCUUUUUGUGGGUGCAUGGAGCGAUCGCACAGGCAACCGAAAGAGUUUUAUGGUGCUUCCAAUUUUAGGCAAAUUGUUAUCAAUUUUCGGUAUUAUUCUGAGUACAGUAUUUUUCCUUCAAGUUGGUUUAAACGAAACAGCCCUAAUAGAGGGUCUUCCUCCUGCUCUCGCCGGUGGUCGCGUUGCCAUGACGAUGGCCGUGUACAGUUAUAUUACGGACAUCACAAGUGAUUCCGAACGGACUUUCCGCUUAGGGAUAAUUACAGCUAUAUUGACUCUAAGCAGGCCGAUCGGUCUUGCUCUUAGUGGAAUAAUGACAAAACGUUUCGGUUAUUACGGUGUUUUUACUGUAGCGUGCUUUUUCUACAUGGCUGGUUUCAUUUACAUCGUCAUUCGACUGAAGGAAAAGACAAGGAAAAAAAUAGACAAUGACGAACCCCAGACGGUAUUUUCAAUGUUCUCAGCGCAGGACUUCGCGGCCACUGUGAACGUAGCAUUCAAGAAACGCCAGGGUUCGAGACGUAUGCAAAUCAUAUUGGUUAUGUUUGCGUACAUGUUCAUCGUUGGACCUGUUUUAGGUGAGGCGCAGAUGACGUACUGGUUCACCCGCUACAAGUUCAAAUUCACUGAAAUCGACUACAGCUUGUUCCUCACAUACUCCGUACUUGUUGGCACCAUUGGUUCCUUUAUAACAAUAUAUUUAUUUAGCAAGAGGUGGAAGAUAGAGGACAGUAUUAUAGGCGUCGUGGCGUGUGUGAGCAGGAUAGCAGCAAGCUUAGUAUACGCCCUGGCUCCGUCUAGAACGGUGUACUUCCUGGGCCCAGUAUUGGACAUGUUCAGUGCUGCGGGCGCAACAUCCCUGAGAUCGAUCGCUACGAAACUCGUGAAAGCGGAUGAAGUCGGUAAAACAAGCUCUCUAAUAAGUAUAUCGGAGGCCUUAGUUCCUGUGAUCUACUCACCCGUGUAUAGUAAAGUGUACCUCAGCACACUUUCCACAUUCGCCGGCGCUUUCUACCUCAUAAGCGCGGCCCUCGCUGUUCCUGCCAUAGUUUUAUAUUUAAGUCUAUUCAUUUUACGAAAAAGAGAGAUCGAAGAAAGCAAAUCUACUGAAAACAAGUCUAAAGAAGACGAAAUUACCCGAUUUUAGUGAAAUUUGUUAUAUAUUUAUUGUUAAGUUUUAUUUUGUCUACCUAUUAUGUACCUACUACAAAAUCUCAAUAAAUUUAAGGUUUGUA